AUUGGCUGGAUGUGGUACUUGGAGAUGUUGAGCUGGCUCCUUCCCCCCAUGUCCCUGCACACACACAGGGGCGGGUGGUGCGGGCGGGAGCGGGAGGCAGGGCUCAGCCCCGACGGUGGUGGGGCGCCCCCCACUCCCUGCCUGCCGGCCGCCGUGCCCGAGCCGCUCCUGCUGCUGGGCUGCUGCCUGCGGCCGCAGGACCCCGCCGAGCCGGGCCAAGGGGAGCGCGGGCGGCUGCUGGCGGCGGCCGAGAUGAUGGCGGAGGGCGGCGGCGGGCCGGCGCGGAGGAAGGCGCUGUCGCUGCUGGAGGCGGCCCGCUCCCGCUACGAGAGUCUGCAGAUCUCCGACGACGUCUUCGGGGAGUCGGGCCAGGACAGCAGCGGGAACCCCUUCUACAGCACCUCGGCCGACUCCCGCUCCGCCGCCUCCUCCCAGGACGAGGACGACGACGAGGAGGACGAGGGGCGCCCGGAGGGACUGAGCCCGCGGGGCAGGGCGGCCCGGCGCCGCGCCCCCAGGGCGGUGGCCACCCCGGCGGAGCGGCGGCGGCAGCGGCAGGGCGGCGGUGGCAGCGCCGUCCCGGGCGGCCCCGGCCCAGUGGAGGAGGAGGAGGAGGAAGCGGAGAAGGGGGACUGGACCCGGUCGCUGCGAGACGUCCCACCUCCUCACUUCAAGGAUGGCAGCGGUCCAACGCGAAAAAUGCCCCUAACUGCCAGUGCCAUGGACUUUUUUCAACUCUUUGUCCCUGAUAAUGUACUAAAGAAUAUGGUGGUCCAAACCAACAUGUAUGCCAAGAAGUACCAGGAGAGGUUCGGUAGUGACGAUGCCUGGAUUGACGUCACCUUGACAGAAAUGAAAGCCUUCUUAGGCUACAUGAUAUCAACCAGCAUCCACCACUGUGAGUCUGUUCUCAGCAUCUGGAGCAGCGGCUUCUACAGCAACAAGAGCAUUGCGCUUAUCAUGACACAAACACGGUUUGAGAAGAUCCUGAAGUACUUCCACAUUGUGGCCUUCCGCUCGAGCCAGACAACGCAUGGCCUCUACAAAAUCCAGCCUUUUCUGGACUCUCUGCAGAGUGGCUUUGACUCUGCUUUUAGACCUUCGCAAGCCCAGGUACUGCAUGAACCCCUGAUUGAUGAAGAUCCCGUCUUCAUUGCCACUUGCACGGAGAGGGAGCUGCGCAAGAGGAAAAAGAGGAAAUUCAGUCUCUGGGUUCGGCAAUGCUCAUCCACUGGUUUCAUCUGCCAGAUUUAUGUCCAUCUCAAAGAGGGGAGUGGUGCUGACGGGCUGGAUGCUUUGAAGAACAAACCACAGCUUCACAGUAUGGUGGCCAAAAACCUUUGUCAGAACGCCUCUGGGAAGAACUACAUCAUCUUCACAGGCCCAAGCAUUACCAGCCUGAAUCUCUUUGAAGAAUUUGAGAAGCAAAAGAUUUACUGCUGUGGGUUGCUGAGCAUGAGGAAGAGUGACUGCACAGGCCUACCUCCAUCCAUGCUGAACAAUCCUGAAACUCCCCAGUCCAGAGGACAGUACAGAAUAAGAAUGAAGGGAAACAUGUCCUUGAUCUGCUGGUACAAUAAAGGACACUUUCGUUUUCUGACCAAUGCCUAUUCACCGGUUCAACAAGGAGUUAUAAUUAAGAGAAAAAGUGGAGAAAUUCCAUGCCCAUUGGCAGUUGAAGCCUUUGCUGCUCACCUCAGCUAUAUCUGCAAAUACGACGACAAAUACAGCAAGUAUUUCAUUUCUCACAAACCAAACAAGACCUGGCAGCAAGUAUUCUGGUUUGCCAUCAGCAUCGCUAUAAACAAUGCCUACAUCCUCUACAAAAUGUCAGAGGCCUACCAUGUGACAAGGUAUAGCCGCGCACAGUUUGGAGAGAGACUUGUAAAGGAGCUUCUGGGCUUGGACGACACCUCACCCUCCCAUUGAUGCACUGCUUUUGGUGGCAUAGGCAGGAGCUGGAGGGUAAGCAGAAGAAGAGACUGCACCUGGAAUGACAAAGCAAGGAACUUGUGACACCACCACUGCUGUCAUCCAAAAAUGCCAAGUGAUGCCACUAGAGAGGUGGAAACUCUGUUCUAGUAGGAGCCGGAUGUAAACAUGUCCUGCAGAAAGUGCCACUGGAAAAGCUGACACAAAAUUGCAUAUGUGAAUGCCCUGUGGUAAUCUGUAUGCCAUAAGCAGACUUAUAUUAGUUGUCACCUCAAUACUAUUUGUUGAACAGAGUCAUCUUGUAAAGUUCCUCUUGGGCUAAGAGCCUGUCAUAACCUCACGUAGCUCUGCAGUCCUAGGAGGGCAUUACAGAAGACUCUGUACCUUGCUUGGAGUUAUUAAAUUCUGGUACAAGUAAUGUAAGUCUGCACCAUGGGCUGGGGUGGAGAGUGUCUGCCAUCCUGUAAGGCAUGCUGCUGUCCUCCCAGUGUGCUAAGUGAAGCAGUUCAGAUACAUGAACACGGAAGCAAGCAUAUUGACAAACGCAACCUUCACAGGCAGGCAGCCAGGAACUGAGGACCAGUUAAGACUUUUUUUUUCCUUUUAUGUUGGUUUUUUUUUUCCUUUUUUUAUUAAUGUAAUGUAAGGCAAUUUGAUCCCAGUUAGAAUACAGCAAAAUUAGAAGAAACCAAAUACCUUAGUGAAUUUAAAAUGGAAAUACAUUACAUAUUGAUUUUCUUUUUUAACCAGGAUGAGACAUUUUAUACACAAACAAACAGUGAGUAAUACUGUAAGUAUUAAACAGUGACUAAACCAGUAAGUAAUACAGCCUCACAUCUUAACUGCCACGGUCUGUGUACAGGUGAGAAAUCAGAGUAUAUCAUCUUGAUUUCAACUGUAUCUUAAAUGUUGCUUAAAAAUCUAAUGUAAUGGACUGUUAAGUUUUUAGGAACAACAAUUUCUUUCUUUUCCUUGUGUAACUGUGAAGACUUUUUUUGGUCCAUUUUAGAACUUCAUUUGGCACACAGUUGGCAGGAAAAAAAUAAGUCACUAAUAGCAGUAUGUUUCUCAUUAUCACUGCGGGGUGGACUGUAGGAUUUCUUCUUCUUAGAAUUCAGGGCUUCUCACAGUAGUUGUAAUUAAGUGAAUUACAUGUUUAGCAAAAUAACAUGGCAUUGUGUUUUACAAAAAGGAAGUAGUCCAAUUGCAGCCAGACCUUAACCUUACCAAAACAGAGCAAGCCCAAACAGUUCUCCUGUUCUGAGUAACACUGUAGAGGACAAGCAUAGUUGUAAGCUGGUGCCCAGGGCUGAAACACCACAUUUUGGUGCUUGUGGAAUCUGAAGGCUGCUGAAACUUUGGAAAAUAAUGCCAAGAGAGAGAGAUAUGAUUGAAAUCAGGCAGAGUUAAUACUGAGGUGAAAUACUACCAUGGCCUCCACACAUUAUUGAUUUUAGUCCACAACUCAAUCAGCAAAACUCCUGUAUUCCAAAGGUUAGCAGUGAUGGACACAAAAAGAAUUGCAUUAACUUACAGGGCAAAAACAUGUCGCUUAGAGGACCAGCUGCUUUUGGGUGCCCAAAUGUGGACAAAUUUUACCAAAGAAUGACUUGCGUUGAUUCAGAGGAAUGGCGUGAUUGAUUGGUUUAUCACUGUAAUCCUCACCAGGGUAUAUGUUCCUAGCUGGCAAGAGCCAAUAGAGGGUAACCAGCAUGAAUUUGAGGACUCUCCAGGUUUCCUUGUUAUGUGACGUGCAAAUGCAUAGCAUGUAAAUCAUAACAGGAAAAAUCCAGCAGGGGUUAAUGAAUUACUGACUAGCCCAAAGUACAUCCUUGUACUGACAUCUUUCGAUUUCCACCAAAGUCUUAUUUGUUUGGAGCAGGCUUAGGGGCAGAUCUCACCUGGUUGCAGGGAGAUUAAGGGGACAGCAAACUCUGUGGUGGUUCUGCUUGCAAUGCAGCCUGGAGACUGUCCCACAUGUCCUGCUGUGCCUGCCAGCUGCACGAUGUACAGCAGUGGGUUUCCUAAGCAUCCCAUUCUACUUCUCAGUCCACAAGGUCUCCAACAAGGAAACAUGGAAGAAAGGACAAAGCCUUGUACACUGAGGCCUCCAAGCCUCAAAAGGAAGAAGAGGGUUUGUACCACUCUAGUCCUUGGCGAUGUCAAGCUGCAUAGGAGCCCAGGGCUGAGUUCAAGACUUCUUAGCCUUGCAGAGAACUAAGACCACCACUCACUCACUCUUCAGACUGAGUGAGUGUUGUAGCUGGUUCUUGUCAAGUAUUCAAAGGGAGAGAGGAGCUAGCAUGAGGAAUGAAAAGCAAUGAUGUUCAGCAACAUAAGCCUUCAGUUUCCUUUUUCUAGGGAAUUCCACAGAGGUACCUAAAGGCAAAUGGUGUUCUUAUUGCACCCUACUUCAGACAAUACCAGCCUAUAUUGAAACAGGAAGAGCAGCUGCACAUUCAUCGUGUUCUGUAGAUGUAUAUGGUAGUCAAAAUUGGGGCAGUAAGGAAAGGUCUGGCUUGAACUGUGCUGAUGGGACAGCUUGGAUGAACAAUGCAAAUGCUUCCUUGCAAUUCCCCGCAAUGCCAGAGCAUUUGCAAGGUGCACAUUCCCCCAGCAGAUAUGGCAAGGCUUGCAGGACCUCCUUGGAGCCACUUGGCACUUCUGAGGAGUAAGCAUAGCGUGUUCCAGCUAUCAUAGCUCCCCGAGAGAGAUCUGCAGCCCUUGGCCGAUUGCUGCAUUGCUAUAUAUGCUUAAAGGCUUGGAUCUCGACCAUCCCCUACAGAAAAUGCCUUUUCUUUUUCAGGUGGCAGUAGGUCCAAGUCCUUGGAAUGUUUAAUUUUCCACUAAUGUAUGCUGUUACUUAUGUGCAUUACUUGAGCUAAAACCAUGAAGUCCUAGUUUUUUGCCUCAGGGACUGGGUCCUGAGUAGUUUUCCCUAGAGUUGGUGUUGACGGGGGAUUACACAGUGGCUGACUAUUACAGGGAAGAUGCUUUAGUCUCCUUUGUAAAGGAGAAAAAAGAAGACAAAAUUAUAGCAUUGCAAUGAAUUUAAUUUUAUUAGCCUUAACCAUCCCUCAUCAUUUUGAACUGGUGCCCUAAACAUGCACUAACAUUCCAUAAGUAAGCAAAAAAUAUAUAUAUUUAUAUGUACAAACUGCCUGAAUUUUGGCUCUCAAAGCCAAUAAGAAAAGCCACCAAAGCAUAGUCUGUCUCUACAGAUGACUAUUUCACCUCAUCUUCUCCAUUUUUUGGCUGAGAGUGGAUAGGGUUGGGGAAAGUUACGAUUUCUCCUUCUUCAAAAAGCAUCUUGCACUUACUACAAACAAGGCAAAGUAGUUAAGAAAGAAACUGAAUCACUUUUAAAAGGCAAAAGUUUAACUGCCGCUCAGCUUCUAUACUAUUUCCUUUAUUGCAGACUGGCUUACUCAGAUUUGUUUACCCACCUGCUUGUAACAUUAAAGCUUCUCCCUAGUUAGAGGGGAAAAAAAUGGGGGGUUAGUCUCAAAGUAGUGCAAGGAUGCUAGUUAUAGUGUGCGUGCACGUGUGUUAGUUGUGCAAUGGCUUGUGAAAUGAUAGCAAGUUUGGGUUGUUUGGGGGAUAUUUUUUGUAUAGACUCGAGACAAUCUGGGCAAGAGAUCUUAAAGUUCAGCAGUAGCUAAAAUGCAGUGGAAAUGCCAACCAGGUCAAAGAGGAAUAUCUCUCAAUUUUUCCAGGAGGGGAAAAUAAAUAGGUUGAAGCUGCAGUAGACUAGGGAACAGCAAGGCUCGCUUCUCUCCUAUUGAAUUGAAUUUUCAUUCACAUGUACUUCUGAAAACUGAAUAUUACUUAUGGUAUGCAAACUUUCUUUUGUAGAACCAAGACCAUGAGUAAGACAUACUGACCUCCUUCUAUGCACGGUAUUCCUUUCAAGAAGUGUCUGUCGUGCCCCAAUUCAUUCUUGGAAAACAUUUCUUCUCCCAGUAUGUAAUAUAAUACUUGCUAGAGCUUAGAAGCCACUGUGAAAUGGUUUACACAGCUGUUGUCUCAGUUGAAAAAUGCUUCAAGGGCUUGCAGAAACUCUGCCACUUCUUACUUCAGCCCAUUUGUGCACUUGACACUAGCACGCAAUUUACAGUAAUCUCAUCUCCAUUUUCCACUUCUAUUCUCUAACCCCAACCUUUCUACAUUUACAAGGUAGUCAGAGAAUCCCAAUUUGUAGAAAUCUCAGUGUUGCUAAUGGGUACAACUUCAUUUUCCUCAGACAGUUCGUAGGGAAAAAUGAAUUUAGUCAGUUUCCAGACUGACAUUAAGGACAGCAAUUCAAAACAGUGUUUCCCUUCUUUACCUCCAGCCACACUUCGGCUGAGGAGGUUUUUUUCCUUCUAACAUUUAUUCAGCAAUCUGCCUUGAGCUGGUGAGUAGUGAAAGAAGCCUCCAAUAUCUCAGUCUUACAUGUCUUAGUGCCCUAGUCCUGGAGCUGAUUUUAGUGAUGCGUGGGGAAUUAUGCUGUACUGAUAAUUCUGUACACCAGUGCCACUUUCAGAACAAGGAUUGCAAAGUGCUUUAACAACCUCAGCGCUCAUGAGACUUCAUUAGCUCCUUCCCCUUCCCUAAUCAGAGACUGAAGCACAGCACAGGUAAGGGAGCGAUGAAACUGUAAAGUGGAGUUUGCACUCUUGCUGAUUAAGUCCAUGCUCUGCAUUAUCAGUGACUUGGCUCAUGUUCGCAAGCACUUUUCCAAACUAGAUAUGAAAGCAUGCUGAACAUCCUUCCACCGUGAAGUAAGGGUGAUGGGGCUUUGUCAGCACAAGCUCCUUACUCCAUAUAGGUGCAAGUCAAAACCAAGUGGCACUGAGGUGAGAGAAAAUUAGGAAAAAUAUAUCAGUCCAGCCUGCAUAAGGGGCUUAGAGGAGAUAAAUGGAGACUCUGAAGCUCUGCCAUAGUCCGGUAAUCAAUGUGAAAUUCAGACAAAUAAUUACUAAGACUGACCUGAGAAAAGUCUCUGAGGCUUAGAUGGAAUAUGAAGUCUUCCAUCCAUCUCUGUUGUGGAGUUUGCCAUGGCACUUUCUUGUUGCUAGGAGUGAUAUAAGAUUAGUUGUUUGUAAAACAAGACCUCAUCUCAGUCUGGUUGAGAAAAACAUUGAAGUGUCAAAGGACUGUUAGCAACAUUACAUAAAGGUGAGGAACUCUAAGCUCAAAACAUGCAUAUAUUUGGCCUGUCAUUACUUAAGAUGUUUUGCACAGACACAUCCCAUCACCGUCUGCUCAAAUGCAAGCCUAUUCCCAGUGCCACUUAAUAAAUAUUCCUUCUUGUUCUUCCUAAACCUACCUUUGUUUCCAGAAGCAUUAUGAACUGGAGCAGCCCUUCUAUCAUCAUCUCACUGUUGGGGAAGAGUUGAGAAUAUCUGUGGUUUGUACAAAAAGGAUCUCUUCCUCUUCUUUUGAGAGAUUGCUCUGUGUCUUCAGAAAUCUAGUCCUGGAGAAGUUUCCUGCCCUGUGCUUUCCUUUGCUUCCCACCAUCCAAAUUAUCCCACUGGUUCUUGGUCAGUCUGGAAGAGGUGACCACAGCGAGCUGGCUUUUCAGUGUACUGUUGUAGUACUACUUUGCUGGCUCUUUCUGCUAUUUUGCAAAUCUCAGAUGAAACAGGGUAUUGGUUCUGAAGCCUAUACUAUUUGUAAUCACUGUGAAGGUGUUGCUUUGCUCCAUUAGUGCUGCUUCAUCAGGUUUGUAUGGACCCGAAACAAGUAACGGCAUCACCACACCCACUGCUCCCAUUGGAAUGACUGUAGCAUUCCUGAGCUCUGGAUUGCUUUCAGAGGGGGCACUUCGACAUGAUCUGGGGAGGUUUCUGGUGUUUUGGUUUUGUUUUGUUAAGCCCUUCCACACUGAUGAGUCUGGUGAGCAGCUGUUAGGUAUCACGAAAAGGCCUUAAGUGGUAAAUCCCUUUUGUAUCACUCUUCAAAAGUAAUUAGAAGCUUGUAUUAGAUGUGUAGUGCAAAAAUCUUAUCCAUGAAAACAUCACUCUGCAAAAGUGCUCAUUUGAUGUCACUGCAACAACCUCUGAAUGAGAUGUCAUUCAUCAGGGGGGACCUGGAUGAAGAACCUAGUGGGAAAGGGCCCUGCGGGGACCUGAUCAGAUAAACACAGAGAGGGGGGAGGAGUGCAAUUUGGGAUCCAGGCUCCUUGGACAAACAGACUUCAUAGUCAAGCUACUGUCAGAAGUUUCACUAGGGAAGGGAGGAGGCCAGGCCCAUACAGUUCGCUCCCAGCCCUGGCAACUCUGUCUCUAAAAAUAAAACUGGCAAAUGCUUUCACUCUUCAAGUACUUAGAGUGUGAUCUGGGCUUCAAACAGAGCAUUUUGUCUUAUUUUCACUAGUUAGUCACAAAAAAAACCCAAAGACCUCCGAGCCCCCUACAAACCAAAAAGCAAAGCCCAAUACACUAGGUUCAUCUGUCCAGAAAUCCCAACCCACUUGGUGUCAAAGUAACGUUGUGGUCUUGUUCUCCAAUUAAUGUGUCAAGGUGUAUGCAAAACGUGACUGCUGAACAAUUCACACCUUUCUGUGAAACAGAAGUACUCAUUUGAUGGAAACCAAACUGCUGGUCUCUUCUUGACUGACUUACUUUUGCAACCUGGAUUUUUCUUCUAGUUACAAGCCAAAUCUUUCAGUACUGACGUUAAAAAUAGCUUGACCCCAUGGUCUGGGGCGACAUUGGAGAUGGCAAUGGAGAUUUAUGCCAGAGAUUAAUCUGAUCCCACAUAGGUGAGGCUAAUCCACACAGUCUGACACAAAGAACAGUUUAAGGGGAGAACAGUGGGUUUGGGAGGCAGAGGAACUUUCAGAGGUUGGGCAUGCAGAGGCAGAGGAGCCAGGUGAUCCCUUCUAACUCCCAUCUUUCCAGCAUGGGUACACCCCCCAUCCCCUGCUGCUUUUGAAUUAAAAAGGAAAGGCUGAUGUUUAGCACGAGUCUGCACAGCUGCUUUAGUGACAUAAACCCUGCUUUAGCUACAUCCCUGGCCUCCUCCCUGCCUUUUCCCUGUACUAUACAUGUUCAGUAGUCAUAAACCCUGGAGUCAAAGCACCGCUGCAUGUCAGCACAGCAUGGAAGCGACAGGCUGAGGAAGCGCCACAGUACAAACAGAAACAAUGGGGAUUCUGGAAAAAAGGACAUUUCAUACACUUGAUUUUCAGUAUGUGCAACUUACAUUCCACCAAAAGCAGUGACGGCACCAGAUGCAAAGACGACCCUUAGGUGACCGAGUGCUUCACAGAUGACUCCAUUGGGCUGUGCUCAACAUCAGCGGCUGCAGUUCUGUUGCAAAGUUCCAUAUUCUUUAUAAUUCCAGAGAUUUCUGUUUAAAGUGUAAAUCCCAGAGGUAAAGCAUUCACUGCAAUGGCCCCCCCCCCCCCCCCUUUUUUCUUGUUUCUUUUUUUUUCAAAGACUUCUCAGAGCAAAUUCGUAACAGCCAAGUCUUUUCAGGAAAUGCAGGUGUGUGACCUCUUCAUGCUGAGAGAUACACAACUGCGUUUCUGCAUGGGACAGGGAACUACUUUUGUGACACCAGUUUUGUUCUACACAAAGGCACGCUUGCAAUAAAUUUUUACAAGUUUUGUACACCAUGAGCUAAAUUCUGAGUUCCAAAAAUGUGAAGUGUGGCAACAAUAACAAAAUGGAUUUAUAGUAUCACUCUGAUAUCUUGUCAUGUGAUUUUAUUUCUUCAACAAAGUUUGUUUACGACCAACAACUUUGAAAUACAGUCAGAUAUAUAUUA